UCUACUUCAGAUGAUUCAGAUCUGAGUGAAGAUGGCAUCCAGUUGAAGAUAGAUCGYACCAAUUUCACUCGUGACUACAAUGUUGUCACGCCGGCAGAGUUUGUGAGGAAGUUUGGAGGAACAAGAGUUAUAGAAAAAGUUCUUAUUGCCAACAAUGGAAUUGCAGCUGUUAAGUGCAUGCGAUCYAUUCGCCGUUGGGCAUAUGAAAUGAUUGGCAAUGAAAAAGCMAUCAAAUUGGUUACCAUGGUAACUCCAGAAGAUUUAAGGGCUAAUGCAGAGUACAUUAAAAUGGCCGACCACUAUGUACCAGUCCCUGGUGGUAGCAAYAAUCACAACUAUGCCAAUGUAGAGCUUAUUGUUGAUAUUGCAAAAAGACUUCCUGUUCAGGCUGUUUGGGCUGGAUGGGGACAUGCUUCAGAAAACCCUAARCUUCCAGAGUUACUAGCAAAAUUUGAUAUUACUUUCAUUGGACCCCCAGACACAGCAAUGUGGGCUCUUGGUGACAAAAUAGCAUCAACAAUAGUAGCACAGACUGUGGGAGUCCCAACCCUACCCUGGAGUGGCAGUGAAUUAAAGCUUUCUGACAAAGAUUUAGAAAAUGGAAUAGUUUUAACAGUAUCAGAAGACACCUACAAGAGAGGAUGUGUACAAGAUGUUAAUGAUGGUCUAAAGAGUGCCAGGAAAAUUGGUUAUCCCGUUAUGAUCAAAGCAUCAGAAGGAGGAGGUGGUAAAGGCAUCCGUAAAGCCAAUAGUGAUGACGAGUUUGCAAACUUUUUUAGACAGGAUGCUGUCAAGUUAGCUAAGAUGGUUGGGUACAUUAGUGCUGGYACUGUGGAAUAUCUGUACAAUGCACAUGAUGAUACCUAUUACUUUUUAGAGUUGAAUCCAAGACUUCAGGUUGAACAUCCUUGUACAGAAUAUGUUGCUGAUAUCAACCUACCAGCUGCACAGCUACAGGUCGCUAUGGGUUUACCAUUGCAUCGUAUCAAGGAUAUCAGAGUUCUUUAUGGAAAAUCAGGAUUUUCAAAUGAUAAUAUUGAUUUUGAUAAAUUUCCUGCUUGUAAAAGCCCUAAAGGUCAUGUGAUUGCUGCAAGAAUUACAGCAGAAAACCCAGAUGAGGGUUUCAAGCCAAGCAGUGGCACUGUGCAGGAACUCAAUUUUCGUAGUAUGAAGAAYGUAUGGGGCUACUUUAGUGUGGCAGCAGAGGGAGGGCUACAUGAGUAYGCAGACUCUCAGUUUGGACACUGCUUUGCAUGGGGUGAAGAUAGAGAAGAUGCUAGAAGAAACUUGGUGUUAGCCUUAAAAGAGAUUUCUAUUCGAGGGGAUUUUCGCACUACUGUUGAGUUCCUCAUCAAGCUGCUACAGCAAGACUGUUUUUUGAAUAACACAUUCAACACUGGCUGGCUUGAUGGMCUGAUUGCUGAGAGAGUCCAAGCAGAGAAGCCUGACACAAUGCUUGGUGUGAUAUCAGGAGCCAUUCAUGUUGCAGAUGCAGCUAUCAACAAGAAACUUGCUUUAUUUACCAAUGCAACUGAAAGAGGACAGAUUUUACCAGAGGAUUUCCUGGGGAAUUCAGAAGACGUUGAGCUGAUUUAUGAAGGCUUUAAGUAUUGCUUAAGAGUUACAAGAUCUGGACCAGGAUCAUAUUUUCUGAGAUUGAAUAACUCUACUGUGGAAGUAGACUCUCACAGGUUAAGUGAUGGUGGGUUGUUGUUGUCCUUCAAUGGUAGCAGUCAUACCUCAUACAUGAAGGAAGAAGUAGCAACAUAUCGUAUGACUAUUGGCAGUAAAACUUGUGUCUUCCAAAAGGAAAAYGAUCCAACAGUUUUGAGGUCUCCAUCAGCAGGUAAACUGAUCAACUUCUUGGUGGAAGACGGUGGUCAUGUGUUUCAGGGUGAAUCCUAUGCAGAAAUUGAGGUUAUGAAGAUGGUUAUGCCUUUACUUGUGGCAGAAAGUGGCUGUGUUCACUUUGUAAAAAGUCCUGGUGCUGUGCUUGAACCUGGAACCAUUGUAGCCAACCUUGAGCUUGAUGACCCAAGCCAUAUCACACAGGCUAAAGUCUAUGGAGAGCCUUUCCCAGAAUCCACUGAAAACAUCAARUCAAAGGGAAUAAAGAGACACCAGAUAUUUCAGCAUACRUAUGAGACCUUACAGCAUAUAAUGGAUGGAUAUUGCAUUGAUGAACCAUACUUCACAGAGCAAGUUAAAGAAAAUGUCAAGACUUUACUAAAAUGUUUAAGAGACCCAGCAUUACCACUAUUACAACUACAAGAAAUGUUGGCAUCCAUCUCAGGACGAAUACCAUAUUCUGUAGAGGAAUCAAUCAGAAAACAUCUUGCAAACUAUGCCAGCAACUUGACAUCAUUACUUAAUCAGUUUCCAAGCCAACAAAUUGCCAAUGUAGUGGAUGCGCAUGCUGCUACUCUAACAAAAAGAGAAGAGAGGGAUGCCUUUUUCCUCAAUACACAAGGCAUAGUACAGUUGGUACAAAAGUAUCGUAAUGGUGUCCGUGGUCAUCUCAAGGCAGUUGUACUUGGAUUAUUGAGACAGUAUCUUCAAACUGAAGCAUUGUUUAGCGUUGGUAAUUUUGAGAAGUGUCUCACUCUAUUACGUGAAAAACACAAGAAGAGCAAUUUGCCUUUUGUCAUAUCAUCUGUGUUUUCUCAUACAAAUGUUGCCAAGAAGAAUGUCCUUGCUGUACAGCUGAUUGAUCAUCUUUGUGGACAUGAAGGUGGGUUAUCUGAUGAGCUCCAUGACUUGCUACAAGAACUGACAUCACUGAAUAGACCUGAACACUCCAAGGUUGCUCUCAGAGCCAGACAGGCCCUCCUAGCUUCCCAGCAGCCUUCAUAUGAGCGACGUCACAACCAGAUUGAGUCACUCUUCUUGUCAGCUGUUGACAUCAUGGGAAAUCAGGCUGCACCAGAAAAUCUACAAAAACUCAUUCUCUCUGAGACUGCUAUCUUUGAUAUGCUACCAAGUUUCUUCUAUCACCCUAAUGAUGCCGUACGAACAGCAGCACUUGAGGUAUAUGUGCGCCGUAGUUACCAAGCUUAUGAACUUACUACACUCUAUCAUGAUCAGCUUGUUGGAAAUGUAUCCAUCGUGGAAUUUCAGUUUUCUUUACCAACAAGUCAUCCUCACUGGACGCAGCACAAGGUGCCAUCAAGCAAGACCAUUCUUGCAAUGCCACGGGUUCGCAGUCUAAGUGAAGAUCUCUUUGACCUUGUCCAACAUCAAUCAUCACCUUGUAGUCGAACUGGUGUUAUGGCUGCUUUUCCAUCCAUUGAAGACUUUGAAAAGAAUUUCCAUCUGGUCAUGGACAGGUUUAGAGCUCCAGUUGAAGUUCCUCGGUCUCCUAAGGGUUUUAAGAGAGCUAACUCUGGUUCUUCCUUCGAAGACUUGAAAAAGCAGUAUAAAGAUUGCGAGGAAGAACCCAUUCACAUUGUCAACAUUGCCAUUUUAAUGAAAAGGGGACAGGACAUGAGAGAAUGUCAGAAAAUUGUCAGUGAAUUUACUAACGCAAAGAAAGUUAUCUUCAAGGAUAAAGCAAUACGCCGCAUUACAUUUUUGAUGUGUGAUGGCAAGGGAACUUUCCCAUGGUUUUUCACAUUUCGUUCAAUGGAUGAUUUUGAGGAAGACAUGAUUUAUCGUCAUCUUGAGCCAGCUCUUGCUUUUCAACUGGAAAUUUAUCGAAUGAGGAACUUUGACUUGGAGUUAAUUCCAACAACUAAUCAUAACAUUCACUUGUAUUUUGGAUCUGCUAAAAAGUUAUCCAAUAAAACGGAAGUCACUGACUAUCGAUUCUUCAUUCGCACAAUAAUAAGACACUCUGACUUUGUAACCAAGGAAGCAUCUUUUGAGUACAUGGAAAAAGAGAGUGAGAUCCAGCUGUUGGAGGCUUUGGAUCAGAUGGAAGUUUUCUUUACCGACAGUCCCAAACGUACCGACUGUAACCAUAUUUUCCUGCACUUUGUUCCAUGCGUGAUUAUUGAGCCUGACAGGAUAGAGGAAAGUAUUCGUCAUAUCGUAAUGAGAUAUGGUAGAAGACUUUGGUCAUUGAGAGUCUUACAAGCUGAGAUUAAAGUCUCCAUUAGACUUACUCCUACUGGCAUUGUCAUUCCAUUGAGGAUGUUUAUUUCCAAUGAAUCUGGAUAUUACCUGGACUUUUGUACUUACAAGGAAGUUGUGGAUCCACGCACUGGAGAGAGGGUGUUUGAAACAUAUGGUCCAAAGAGAGGCCCUCUACAUGGAUUACCAACAUCAACACCAUAUGUCACUAAAGACCAUCUUCAGCUGAAGCGCUUCAAAGCACAAUCACUUGGCACAACCUAUGUGUAUGAUUUCCCAGAACUGUUCAGACAGGCUAUUGUCAAGAUGUGGAAGAAGUACACCAAGACCAUGGCAGAGGAGGUGCARCCRCCCCGYGAUGUGAUGAGUAUUACAGAAUAUGUGUUGGACGAGAACAAGCAAUUGGAGGCAAUCUCACGCCUUUCAGGAGAAAACACGUCUGGUAUGAUUGCAUGGAAGUUUGAAUGUACAACUCCUGAGUGUUACCCAGAAAGGCGAGAGUUCAUGGUUGUAGCCAAUGAUAUUACRCAUAUGAUAGGCUCUUUUGCUACGGAAGAAGAUCUUCUUUUCAAGAGGGCAUCAGAGAUGGCUAGGUCCAAAGGGAUCCCACUUGUUUACCUUUCAGCUAACAGUGGGGCAAGGAUAGGUGUGGCAGAGGAGGUCAGACACUUGUUCAAAGUGGCCUGGAAUGACCCUGAAGUACCAGAAAAGGGAUUCAAGUAUAUUUAUGUAACUCCAAGUGAUUUCAAGAAACUCAGUGCCACAAAUUCAAUUCAUGCUGAACACAUCCAAGAUAAYGGAGAAGAUCGCUACAAAAUAACUGACAUACUAGGAAGUGAAGAYGGUAUUGGUGUAGAGAAUCUUCGUGGWUCUGGAAUGAUUGCCGGUGAAAUGUCAUGUGCCUAUAAUGAUAUUGUCACUAUCAGCCUGGUUUCAUGUCGUGCAGUUGGUAUUGGUUCUUAUCUUGUUCGUCUUGGUCAGAGAGUCAUACAAACAGAGACUUCCCAUUUGAUUUUAACAGGCUACAAUGCACUGAAUAAGGUUCUUGGUCGACAAGUGUACAGCUCUAACAUGCAACUUGGUGGACCACAAAUUAUGCAUAACAAUGGUAUAUCCCAUCUAGUUGUACCUGAUGACUUUGGUGGUAUUGCUGCAGUCAUGGAUUGGUUGGCUUUUGUACCAAGGGUUCGUAAUGGUCCCUUACCCUUAAUCAAGACUAAAGAUCCAAUUGAUAGAGAUGUGGAAUUCCUACCAACAAAAGUACCUUAUAACCCUAGACACUUCAUCUCUGGCUGCCCUCACCCUGACAAACCAGGUACUUGGAUGAGUGGAUUUUUUGACCAGGACUCAUUCAUUGAAACAAUGACUAACUGGGCCAAGACUGUCAUAUGUGGACGGGCCAGACUUGGUGGUAUUCCUAUUGGGGUCAUAGCAGCUGAAACUCGUCCAGUUGAAGUUGUGAUACCMGCUGAYCCAGGCAACCCUGAAUCUGACACUAAGAUCAAUCCACAGGCCGGCCAGGUCUGGUAUCCUGACUCUGCCUACAAGACUGCGCAGGCAAUCCGUGACUUCAGUAAAGAGGAACUACCACUGAUUAUCUUUGCCAAUUGGCGUGGAUUCUCGGGUGGUAUGAUGGAUAUGUAUGAUUCUAUACUCAAGUAUGGAUCAUAUAUUGUAGAUGCUUUACGUGAAUAUGAACAGCCUAUCUUUGUCUACCUACCACCCUAUGCAGAGCUGCGSGGUGGGGCAUGGGUAGUAGUGGACCCGACUAUAAAUCAGAAGUGCAUGGAAAUGUAUGCUGAUGAGAGAAGCAGGGGAAAUGUACUUGAACCUUCUGGUACAGUAGAAAUCAAGUUUAGAAAGAAAGACCUUGUGAAGUCAAUGCGUCGACUCGACAGUAAAUAUGUUGAGUAUUCACAGGCCUUGUCAUCUGAAAAUCUCACAGAAAAGCAAUGUAAAGAAAUGGAAAAGAAGUUGAAAGACAGAGAAGAUGAUCUUUUGUCGACAUACCAACAGGUGGCAAUUGAGUUUGCUGAUCUGCAUGACACUCCUGGUCGCAUGGUYGAGAAGGGAGUGAUCAAUGAAAUUGUGACAUGGAAGAAAUCUCGAAAAUUCUUUUACUGGAGACUUAAACGAAUCUUGAUGGAGCGUCAAGUCAAAGAACUCAUGYGCAAUGCUAACUGUGAUAUUUCAUCUGGUCAACUGAAUUCUACUUUAGAAAGACUCUUCCUGGAGUCCAAUGGAAGUACWAAGUCAUACUUGUGGUCAGACAACCAGUUUGUGGCGCAAUGGUUAGAGAAGGAACUUAGCCAAGACAAAAAAGAAUCUGUCAUCAGUGAGAAUAUCAAAUGGAUGAAGAGAGACCAUGUGCUUCGAAAUAUCAAGAAUCUUGUACAAGAAAACCCUGACAUCGCCAUGGACUCYAUUGUCCAUAUCACACAACAAAUGAACGCCACCAAACGCGCAGAACUGUCACGCAUUUUAGARAGCUUGGGCGCCAAGACAAAUGAUGAACAGCGAAACCAAGGCAGCUCCUGGAAUUCACUGGACAGUUUAGAUUCUAAGAACGAUAAUGACAGCAAUGAUGCUUAAAGAAAAUAAUUGGUAAUGACUCACUUUGGUAUACUCAUUGACAUUGUGAUGUGUGGUACUACAAAGUGUGUAUUGCUAUCCAUCAAAGACUAAAGCACUGAUACUUAACUAAAUGAAACACUCUUCACAACAAUGCAGUGUUUGUUGGUGAAAAAGAUCCAUAGCCAUAGUGAUCACCAAUAUACUUUGUACUUAAUGCCAUCUACAAGUAGCAGGAAAAUAUGCCUCRUAGAUGGAAAAAUUUGCUGAGAGUAAAUGCUUGUAUAAAACUAUGUUAYUGAUUGGUCCAGUUUAAAAUUCCUGUUCCACCACUGCCCCAACUCGUUUCUCUUCUYUUUCAGGACUAAUUCUUGUAAGGAGUUUCCCAUGAAAAGUUUUAUUGUGAUUUAACAAGUACAAUAUAUAUUUACAGCUCAAAUUGACUUGAAAUGCUCGAAAGCAGAGUACUGAAAAAUAUGUACUUUAUAUAAUUAUUAUCUAAGUAUUUCAUAUAUUUUUGGAUAUUGAAAUGUAUUUUAGGAGCGCAAACACGUAUGUAUUUUAAUGAUAAAUAUCUGUAUAAACGUCUCGUAAUAUAUUCAGCAUUAAAUGUCUCUUAUAACAUCAAUCAUGACGUUGCCAUAGUAAAGUUAAUGAUAUUUGUGAUAUUUUCCCAUGACAAAGAUAAAAAAGUCUGAAUUCCUGUAAAAUUUUCAUUAGUCAAACUAUAGUCCAACUUGAAUUAAACUCCAAAAGUCUA